GGGAGGGACGAAAUCAACUCACACGCGCGUCUUCUGCACGCUGAAAAACACAACUCAGCCACAUAACUGGGAUCCACAAACAACUUCUUUACAAAUUAUUCCUUCUCGACUUUUUCACCAGUUUGUUGCUUUCUUGUAGGGAGACGAACUCCCUAUCUUGCGACGCUCGAUGAAUUCUGCGGGGAGAGUCACUAUGUUUUUUGUUUUUAUUGUCCUGGUAACACAAGAUUGUUUCUCAUCUAAGGGAGAAGACAGGCUGUUUCGUCGUUUAUUCAGGAGGUAUAAUCAGUUCAUUCGGCCAGUGGAAAAUGUGUCUGACCCUGUCACCGUGGAGUUUGAGGUCUCCAUCUCACAGCUUGUUAAAGUGGAUGAAGUCAAUCAAAUCAUGGAGACCAAUCUAUGGCUAAGACAUAUAUGGAAUGACUACAAGCUCAGGUGGUCACCAGCAGAGUUUGAUGGAAUUGAGUUCAUCAGAGUCCCAUCAAAUAAAAUCUGGAGGCCAGACAUUGUACUUUACAACAAUGCUGUUGGGGACUUCUUGGUGGAGGAUAAAACCAAAGCUCUUUUGAAAUAUGAUGGAACCAUAACUUGGGUCCCUCCCGCAAUCUUCAAAUCCUCCUGUCCUAUGGACAUAACUUACUUUCCCUUUGACUAUCAGAACUGCUCUAUGAAGUUUGGUUCCUGGACCUACGACAAGGCCAAGAUUGACCUGGUUCUUAUCGGCUCAAAGGUCAACCUGAAAGACUUCUGGGAGAGUGGAGAAUGGGAGAUCAUUGAUGCGCCUGGUUAUAAACAUGACAUCAAGUACAACUGCUGUGAGGAGAUUUACCCAGACAUAACCUACAGUUUCUACAUACGCCGACUGCCCCUCUUCUACACCAUCAACUUAAUCAUCCCCUGCCUCCUCAUCUCCUUCCUGACUGUACUUGUCUUCUACCUUCCAUCAGACUGUGGUGAGAAAGUGACAUUGUGCAUUUCUGUACUCCUCUCUCUUACCGUGUUCCUCCUUGUAAUUACGGAAACCAUCCCAUCGACCUCACUUGUGAUCCCUCUGAUUGGCGAGUACCUUCUCUUCACCAUGAUUUUCGUCACCCUUUCCAUCGUCAUCACUGUCUUUGUAUUGAAUGUGCACUAUCGCACUCCUAUGACCCACACCAUGCCCAGCUGGGUCCGUACUGUCUUCCUCCGGGCUUUACCUCGUAUCAUGCUUAUGCGUCGUCCUCUUGACCUGUCAGAGUCUUCUGGAAAAGGAGGACUAGAGAGUGGGGGCUCGUCUGGGAGUGGAGCAGGAAGAGGAGGGGAGGGAAAGAAGAUAAAAAAUAGUGGAUCACAGCAGGGAGCAAUGAACUCUUUGGAGUUUGGAGAGGGAAAGGCAGCACUGGAGGGAAAGAAAGGGGGAUGCCCAUGUCACCCGAUGAAAGAAGCACCCGAGGGAGAUUGUGGGAAAGCCAGCCGUCAGUUAAGUCCGCAGGCAAUCAACACGGUUGUGGCUUUCUCGGUUGUGUCACCAGAGAUCAAACAGGCCAUUGAGAGUGUGAAGUACAUUGCUGAGAACAUGAGGAGCCGCAACAAAGCCAAAGAGGUGGAGGAUGAUUGGAAGUAUGUUGCCAUGGUGAUUGACCGCAUCUUCCUGUGGGUCUUUGUGCUGGUGUGUGUGCUGGGAACAUUGGGGCUCUUCCUGCAACCUCUCAUUGGCUUCCUCUCAUAACUGACAAUGGAACACAUAUGCCAGACUAAUGUUUGAAGCAAUUAAAAGCACUAAAUAUCUGUUUCAGAAAUGAUCAGAGUCACUGACAUGCUUUCGUAUUUAAUUAGCAUCACAUGUGUUCUGUCUCUACAGCAAAACUCCACAACUAUAUUCUGGUGUCCUUACGCAGCAAAUAGCUAAUCAGGUGUUCUGUUUCUCUCUCCGUCAACUAAUCAAUUGGAGACUACUCUUUGCCUUUUUAACAAUCAGGGACUCUGAUUGAAAAUUGACCAUUGCUGAACUUUCUAAUCACCAUCAUGCUUAAAGCACUGAUAUGCCAAUUUCACUGACUCCAUAAGAGUAAUUAUCAGACUGAUCUGUGUUCUGUUACCACAGCUCGACUAUUUGAUCCCAUUUGAUUAGACUCAUAUGAUACAUGCCAUUUUAUACCAAACAAAAUGGUCAUCUUCUCUCAACCAACAACUAACAGUCAACAAUUACUCAGGAAAGCCUGCAACAGACAGUGAUGGUGUUUUCCUUACCAGAGUAGAGGAUAUCCAGCUUAUGCACAGAGACAAAAAUGUGUUGAAUAGGUCAGUUCACUAAACUCUCACACCUUGUUUUUCUUACCCACUUGGUUUUCCUUGUGGAACUUGAGGGAUUUGUCAUAUAAUAUCUCAACCUGAUCUCACGAAAAUUCGUACAUAUUUUACGAGUUGGCUAUUUUGUAUGAUUUUGUACGAUUUCGUUCGUAUGAAUUCGUACAAUUCAUCACGUGCAAAUGCCCGGAUGUGUUAUGUGGAAGCAAGCGCAAGUUCAGCGCACGAGGUGUCAAGGACAUACGUAUUAAUAUUAUGCUCUUACCCAAACCCCUUAUCUAAACCUAACCAAUCAGUAGAGUGUGUAAACAUGACAGGAAGCUGUUAUGUGUGACAGAAGCAAGUAAUUGUCACGUAUUAAAUGAAAACAAUGUCCAGCGAUGUCAUUGGUUGUAGUGAUGGUCGUACGUAUUCAUACGAGUGCAGUCGUACGAUAUCAUACGAAUUAACCAAAUUUAGAACAGAUCCUUACAAUUUCACUGAGAGAGUGUGUUGAAUAUCCAAUGUUUCUCAACUUCCACAAUCAACCUCACCUUAUCCAUAUUUGCUGUUUAAUAUACAUAUGGAGUGAUAUUUUGGCCAAUGAGUUUUUGGUGUGGGCGGUGAUUCCUGGAAUAAGAGAAACCAAGUGACUGGCAAAAAGUAUUUUCACUCGUCACUAGUCACUGUUGUGGCUGGUUAACGAAACUGGAUUAACAAGGAAAAUAUUUAAUAUAAAGAGCUUUUAUUGCUUGCUGCUUUGUCACAUCAUGCCUGGUAUAGGACACGUGAGGGGAUAAAUAGUCAGCUUAAUUAACAUGGGUAUAAAAUUAGUCUAGAAUGUGGGUAAUCUAUAAAUAACUUUAAAUUGUAACAUGGUUGUAUUCCAGAACAAAAAUGACUAAUCAAGUCCCAAUUUUGCCAAAUAAUUUCUGUUUAAAAUGAGUUAAAUUAAUCUGUUUUUUGUUUUGUUUUUCAGUGUGUCUCAUCUUUCUGGGACUGCAUGGGAAGAUUUUACUUUUUAAUGCAGAUGUAUUGACCAUGAUGUUUGAGUCUAAAUCCUUAGCUGUUCUGUGCGGGCUAUUAAAAUGACUGCUUUCCCUCCUUCCCUCCCUCUCACUCUCCUGCUCUCUAUCUCUCUUUCUCUCACUCCAUCAAAUACAUAAGCCGCUCUUUAAUAUUAGCAUUUUUUUUUCCACUUCCACUUGUCAGCUUCUGACAUUUUUGAAAAAUCUUUUAUAUAUUUAUUUA